CUGUCCUUUCGGAGGUGAAUGGCUACAUAACAAACAUGUCAAGUAACCGAAGGAUAACUCUGAUAUUUGGAGGCUUUGUUGCAGCUGUUGCUGCGACUUUUUAUCCCAUAUUUUUCCAUCCUCUAACACAUAAAGAAGACUACAAACAAGUUCAGAAGGUGAACCGAGCUGGAAUCAAUCAGGCAGAUGUCCAGCCAGCCGGUUUAAAGAUUUGGUCAGAUCCUUUCAAGACCAAGUGAUGACUGGUGGCCAAGUGAUCGUAUUUGGGGAGCAGUGUGACUGAGGAAGGUGAUGCUGGGGUGAAGAUGCCUCCAGAUGAAAUGUCUGCGGCCAGUUUUUUCUCCUCUCAGCAUUUCAGAUUCAUCCACUAAGAAGGGCACUUUAUAUACAGGACUCCUCCCUUUGUGUGUGUGUGCGCGUGUGUGUGUGAAUAUUUAGAUUAACUUGCUUAGACCAACCAUGAGACUGCUGUGUGUGUUUGUGUGUGUGUGUAUGAGAAUGAGAAUGAGAGAGAAAGAGGGAGGGAAUGAGUGUUAAAGCGCCCGUUUUUUCCAAACUUUACACUAUGACUAAAAUUUUAUUUGAAACACUGUACAGGGCCAUAGACAUCAGUGGACAACAUGAUGCACUUGUAUGAUAAAUGAAUGCCUGUGAUUUUCCUUACAGAAUAAAGACUUUGUUUAUUUAUUGCCUUAAGUUAGCACUUAAGUAUACACACUCUGGGAUCAGAACUUUGGCGGGUAGUUUGCAGUUAACACCAUGAAACUGUGUAGAAUAGAAUUGUGUGAUUGUAUGAAAAAAAAACGAACCCUCAUAUUAUGGAUGCACAGCUGUUUUGUUGUUUUUUUUUUUCUUACCCAAGGAGACAAACGAGUUUCAUAACAGAAAGUGUAAAGUAAUGGACUGUACUGCUCUGUGUCCAGAUAAUAAAAUUCAUCUUGUACAAUGGGA